CAGCAUUACUUGAGUUCUUGAUAAAUGUCCUUCCAUCUGAUAAUUUUUUGCCAAAGAAUACAUAUAGGGCAAAAAAAACAUUAUGCACAAUGGGUUUGCGUUAUGAAAAAAUUCAUGUGUGUCCUAACGAUUGCAUACUUUAUCGAAAUGAAAAUGAAUCAGCAAAGAGUUGCCCAGAGUGUAAUCUCUCAAGGUACAAGAAAAAGGAAGGAGUGCCAGCUAAGGUUUUGGGGUAUUUUCCAAUUAUUCCUAGGUUUAAACGGAUGUAUUCAGACCCGGUAGAUGCAGAGAAGUUGACAUGGCAUAAAUUUGGUCGAAAAAAGGUUGGGUUACUUAGACACCCGGCUGACUCACCGCAAUGGAGAUUUAUUGAUGGACAAUUACCUGAUUUUGGUAGUGAAGAACGAAACCUACGCCUUGGGUUGUCUACUGAUGGUAUGAAUUCAUAUAGUUCCCUUAGUAGCAUCCAUAGUACAUGGCCGGUCAUGCUAGUGGCUUAUAACUUACCUCCUUCGUUAUGCAUGAAAAGAAAGUACAUUAUGUUGUCAAUGCUUAUUUCUGGUCCUAAACAACCAGGAAAUGACAUCGAUGAGUAUUUGGCACCUCUCAUUAAUGACUUAAAGUUAUUGUGGGAAGAAGGUGUAGAAGUGUUUGAUGCUAAUCGGAAUGAAAUGUUCAAUUUCAGAGCAAUGUUAUUUUGCACCAUACAAGAUUAUCCAGCAUAUGGUAAUCUUUCUAUUCUGUAAAAGGGGAAG